AUGGACGAAUUACGAUAUGGACGAAACGCGUUAUGGACGAACCACGUAAUGGACGAACUGCGCUUCGGACGAAUCGCAUGUAGGACCAACAGCUAUCAAAUCACGACCCCACUCGCGCCUAAGUACGGACAAGUAUUCGCAACGGUGUCCGUCCCGCUGCAUCCAGAAACGACGACGAGCGUGGCGUGGUUCUUCGAAGCAAAUUAUUAUAACGUUGCCAAUGCCACAUACUUUGAACCAUUGCUUGGUGAUGUCACGUGGGGCAGAAGUGAAGAUAAACGCAGUGCCGUUGGCACGAAUGAGUUGUUGACUAGAAGAUUACUGUACACUUCCAUCGAAGGAAUGUUGGAAAGGAACAGGUUUCCGGGUCGAGCAUGCCUGUUAAGGUCUAUCUGCGAAGCGGCCACGUCCCAGUUGACGCAUAAUGGCCUUUUAGGAGACCUACUACAUCUUGCACUUACGCCUUCAACAUCCUUGGAAGAGACAGAUGUAGAGGACUGUUUUUACGAGGCGGAGUACCGUGGGAUCCUGCACGACUGCGCCAAGUAUCUUCGUCACUGCCCGAUCAGCCCACUCGACUAUAUAUCUGUCCAAACGGAACAACUAUUCAAUUAA